UACCGAAAACCGCUGGGUGUCGAAUGUACUGCUCCUAUACAGAAGACGCCUGGAAACGGACAAAGAAUACAAUGAAAUUUUCUAUCGGGCAAGAUAGAUACCUCGCAGCUUAACCGAUAAAUAAAGCGUAGAAACACGGACAUUAGACACGAACCGUUCCGUCUUCAUCUCUCAUCCUACCAUUUCAGCAAAAGAAAGAUCAAAGUCUGAAAAUAGAAGAAACAGCAGCACAAUUUAGUUCUUAUUCGGAGGCAGUUGAUAUGAUCUUCUGUGACUGCGAGAAAAUUUCGCGGUACUAUUAAAUCCUUGAUGUGGACUUAAAUUUUUCUAGAUCGUGAAUAUAUAAGCAUAAAGGUACAACUGCUUUGUCCUCACUGUAAAAGAACAAAAUGGAAGAGUUACUUCGUGUCGGAGAAAAGCUCGGCAAGAGCAGUGCGGAAAAUCCGCUUGGCGCUAAUCCCGAUGCGAAUCGUUCGCCUUUCGAUUUCUUCGCAUCACAGGCCGCUCCACAACCAGCCGGCGGCGCGGCUUCCGCUCCAAAUGCAAUGCCUCCACAAGGUAGUACUAGUAGCUGUAAAGAGAUCAAAGAUGUCCUCUGUUGUAGCUGAGCUUCUCACACUCACUUACCCAUAAUGGUUACAUGAUAGAUGAAUACAGGUUCAUAUAAUUGCUAGUGGGUGCGUUUACAUCAUUCCGCUGGAAGGAUUCCAUCAUUGUUAUGAUCAUGGACAACAUGAUCAGGUAACAGCAACAACAACCCCCUCGUUGUGACAGCUCCAUGAAUCGCAAGAUCAAGAUCUACGGCUUCUGGUCGUUGAAUAAAUGAUAGCAUGAUUGAUAAUUGAGUGAGUACGUCGAUCAGCAACCAUUUGCCUCCACAUUGCAGGCAUGGGAGGUUUUAGCAAGGAAGAAAUGGAUAUGCUCUUCAGCGGAGCAAGCGCGGAAGACAUGCAGAACAUGUCUCCGGAGGAGAUUGAACAAUACAUGUUGCGCUACGAGAAGCUGAUUAUUAAGGCUGUGAUGUUACUGUCCGGAAAAUCUUAGGCAAGCUGCCGAAUAUAGUCGAAUCACGACCAAGGCUUUGAUGUUGUUUUUUCGAUAUGUGCCGAUAUCAUUUUACUGCUGCUUGACUCCACUCCUACGGUCUAACUUUAUAAUAGCCAUGCAUAGUCAUAGUGCUAGGAGGUAGAGGAGAUUAUAGGAGUACAGCAUAAUUGUAGCUGUAGUCCUAGGUGCACCUGCAAUCUCUAUUUCGUGGGCAGCUCUAAAAAGACGGAGAAACGCACAAAAGAAAUGCAUAAAGCGAACCUAAACAAAGUCGAUCACGAAGGUGGUGCGAUGGUCGAGCCGGAACCUGGUACCGAGAACUAAAGAAUCUGAGAGGCCUUGUCUUCCAGGAUAAGUUGCACGAGAGAACCAAGAUCAAACCUUUACCUUAUAUAAUAUGAGAAGGACUUACGUCAAGGUCGUGUUUCUCUGCGACUUCAUGAUCAAGCGCUUAAGUCGUGGUUUUCUGCACACUUCUAAGUAAAAAGUUGAUAACUGAGACGUGUCAUCUUCGUCUUAAAUAUCACUCUCCUGCACGACAUAUUGUCCACACACUCAUGUUAGCAUCAGGUUUCGUGAUCAAGAGUGCCUUUCGUUCGGGCACGAAGCACGCGAAUGCGGGUCAGAAACUUUUUAUAAACGUUUGCAGUCACGACUUGGUAGAGCGACCUCAUAUGCACACAAUCGCCCCCGAUGACGGCUCUGAGGUGCAGGAGGGGAUGCGAAUUCCUGUAUCGGUGGGAGCUCCAAUCGAGGAUUUUGACAAGAAGAAUGUACAAACUUAUUGCUCUUGUCAAUCUUCAAAUUUUCUUGGUGACGGUGUGCUAUUACUAGGAACCUUUUGUUCCCUACUCAAUAAAUCUUCCUCAUUUUGUUCUAUGCGUGCUUCACGAGGCUUCCUCAUGUAUCGCCAUUUUCAGGAAAAAUGCAUCAACGUGGACGUCCUUGUGCACCCAGACGUUACGAAGAAGUGCGAGGAAGAAGCAGAGACAAAGCAUAGCGUGAUGGAGCUUGCCUUGAGUGCGGUGCAAUCGAAAUACAAGUGGAGUCUCGAUCCGCAAGUGAAAUUUCCGAAAAUCAAGUACAAAGGGCCAGUACAGUACCAGCGAAUACGAGUCACAAAGAAAAGCGAGAUACAGUUACGAAUCGGACUUGGAGUAGCUUGUGGGUACAGCUAGAUGAGGGAACCACCAGAAGACUACCCAUAAACUUUUCUUUUGAAGUAGGGCGGGGUCACCCGACAAUACUUCAUAACACACAAAAAUUUCUCCACCUAUGCACAAAAUUUAUGGCACUUCUACUUGUUGCGUCUACACACAACAUGAACAUGAUUCCUACUUCUAAUAGAGGAGGUCUCAGGGAGUUCCAAUGGCGGCGCGUCCGGGGACGACUCAGGCGCUGCUUCAUCGAAAACGGAAGAUGAUAUUGAGUUAGUAGAGAGACCGGAUUUUGAAAUUUGGUACUAUAAAUGUCACAAGUCCUCUCCGUCGUCGUCGUCAAGUAGUAGUAGUAGCGCUUCGCCGGGUUCUUCUUCGACUUCUGAAGGAGCAAGUAGUGCCUCUACUUCAUCAACAGACGAGGGAGAUCAAAGUCUUCAGGUGGCUGACGGAUCGAGUCCCUCAUCCUCCAGUAGUGUUUCUGGUGGCGGCUCUUCAUCGAGCACUAAAACUGGGUCAUGUUCGAGUGACAAUGCUGCUGCGGAGGAAAAGGAGAUUGGGGCUGUGGGGGACGACGACGACGUGAUUAACGGUUUUGAUCUAGCUUGUUACGACCAGCGACGAGAGAUCCGAGAGAACCUGAAGAAACGCGGGUGGCUCUCGACGGACCACAAAAGCGAAACCAAAGAAGCAUUUGAAAGGGAAAAGCAGGAAUUUUUGAGGAAUCUAGUUCGGAAUCGGAUAGCUGUAUAUCGUGUGAAGCUACCAAAAUUGCGGAGAAGCAACGUUCACAAAUAUGUGCAGGUGACGGUUAGCGACGAGGGUUUCCGGCUUUUCUUCCCAAGCUACGGGGGGCGGGGGGGCGGUGGUCAGCAAGAUUCAUCCGCUUAUGAGAUCAGCAGGAUACCAAUUUGUUUUUUUUUUUCUUUCGGUUUUGCCUUUCUUUGAAGAUAAGUGAUGGAUUGAAGAUAGAUCUUGUAGUUUCUCCCCCCAUUCUUCCCUUACACCAGAGCAUCUUUUCAUGAUUACUUGCAUCGUGCGUUCGCGCUGUAAGCAUUAUCUGAUCUUCUAAUGAAAGAUUGCUGCAGCGUAUUUGCCUCUCACGAUAUGGUUUCCGCGAGCAUUCUGCUCAUCGCAAGCAGAGGUUUUAUGGGACUCGAGUGAGAAAAUACUGGAAGUACGGCUUCCGACUGACGCAGAUGAGUCCUUGGACGCGCUAUUGGACGACGACCUUUUACACGAGGUCUUUUGAGGAUUUACAAUGUUUGCCCCAUUCGCAACUUGUGCACCCAACUCAGAUGGGUUUGUUUGAACGAAUUCCAAAGGCAAGGGUAAUGAAUUGAAGACACGUCGUCCUCGGGAAUCCAGUUUCUUUCUCUCCUCUAGACUUUUCUCUUGAUUGCCAUAUGAUUUUGAUAAGUUCAUAAGCGCGCAAAAGUGGUAAAGCAGAAAAUGAAGGUAGUCUAGAUGAGGCCACUGGCAACUUGCUUGCCGUUGCUAUGUGGGUGAGAGGAGCGACUGUGCUUCCACCUGCUUUUCCUAUCGAAUCUUCACGUACUACCCUUGGUUCGUCAUCUUUCCAUCUCAUUUGAUCUUGUUCGGGCAAAGCGAUCUAGUCACAAGGUCGACUCCUGAGAAACACAGAUUGCGGGUUAUAUCCUCUAGAUUGUGGGUUAUAUCCUCUCCUGUCGUAUCAUCUCCUUGUCGGAUGAUCUGUUCGUUUCAUCCAUCAGAUCUAAGCUAUGCUGUAAUUUUUUUGUAAGAAUUUGAUUGUGCGUUGCGUUUUGAUUGUUUUUGUUAAAUUUGAAGUUGAACUCUAUUGAAAUAGGUCGAAUUUUUCUACUUUCCACUAAUACAAUACUUACUUACUCGUGUUUCCCUCUAUUUUAAGGUGUAUCCCUUCAUGCAAUACAAUACUUACUCUUACUUACUCAUCAACGUUGAACGAACAGGAAUACUUACAGAUAACUAAGUGUACACAACUACUUGCACGAUUGUUCUUUUGAAUCAUCGACAGUCUAUUUUCACCAGGAUAAGAUUUUUCAAGGGAGCAGCACUUCCUGCAGGCACAUUAUCCUGCGGCAUUGUAGCUGUAUACGUCUCGUGGUCUCUGCAGGCACGCGGUGUCAAGGUUGCAACUUUGGGCACUACGGAACCUAUACAACAGGAAAAAGAACAACAUCAAUUUGAUAGCCAUCAGAGGCAGAGGCGGAUCUAGCACCCACGAGUUUCCUAGAGAAGGAAGAAUUGGCUAUGACGUCAAACGUGGAGGAGGAGAUAAGAGUGCUCGCGAGUGUGUUAUCGUCGGAAAAAGGUGCUGGUUGCCGAUGUAGCGGUGGCGAACAAGGGGAGAGCGGCUCAGGAGGAGGACGUAUCCUCGAUACGUUCUUGACGCGGUCGUGUCUUGGCGAAGCGUCUACACGUUGGUUGGCGGGUACAAGCCAGUCUUUACGCCAGCACGCGAU